GAAGUUUGCUCGUCUGUGUGUUCGCUUCUUUUCCUUUUUCAGAGGGCUUUGAUUUUAUUUUAGAUAUUAAAAAACAUGAAUAUUUCAUCAUAUAUUUCUAGCAAGGACGUAUUCUUCUGUCGUCAUAGAUGAACCGCCUUCGGCUGGAAAUUACGGGUGGGCCUUGAAGGCAGCAUUAAUCCUCGCACCUUUUCAUCACAGAGGUGUUUCAUUUGUUUGAGUCGCCGCCGCUGGGGUGGCAUUGGAGCUUUCUCUGAGGUCGGGGCAGAGGAUAACUGCGUGUUUUUACUGCGUGGAGACAGUUUCUGUCCGCUCCUUUUACAUUUCCCUGCAUGGGAGACAUCCCAGCCUCAAACAUGAGCAGUUUGAACGCGUACAAAGAACCAUUUGACAGAAGCAGCUCUGAGCCUGUGGAGGACACAGACACCACCAGCUUUGUGGCAGAAUUUUCCUUGGAGGCCAAUUAUCCCGUGCAAGUAACAGAUCCCCAUGCAGACGCUGUGACGCUGCACCUCAGCUCGAUGCCCUCGAGAUACCUGAGUCCCUCCUCAGAAGACAGAAUAAGACAGCCAGUGGAAGAUGUGGAAGAAUGCACUUGCCCCACUUCUUCUUCACCAGACUAUCCCAAAGAACUACAGUUUUUAACGAACCCCUGCGAGAAGUGCUUCUGCCCGGCACCCCCUCCCAAAAUCAGCGACCUCAUGAACGACAAAGAUCUGCUGGACUUGCUGCGGCUCAAAUUGGAUCCAAACCACUGCACCAUCAAAAACUGGAAAAACUUUGCGAGUCGUUGGGGGAUGAGCUAUGACGAACUGACCCUGCUGGAGCAUCGGACCCAGGGUUCCUUGUCCCACAGCCCCACCCAGGAGUUCCUGUUACGCUACAACCAGAAGACGGUCACUGAGCUCACUGAACUUUGCCGCAUCUAUCAGCGCAUUGAUGUGCUGCGACUGCUGCAGAGCUGGAUAGAGAAGGAUUGGCCGUCGCGCUGGCAACACACACAAUCAAUUUGACUCUUAAUCUUUCAGGGUUGUACUUGAUUUCCUAAUUUUCAUAAGCUUUGAUACAUGCUACCAGUUUUUUGUAUCUUUAGUAAAUGAGCUUGUGAAAUGGAUAAAACAAUGCUGUCGAACCUGUCUGUAGAGAAUAUUGCACAGUACUGACCUCACGCUGUUCUGGAUAUAGUGAAUACAAUGCAAAGUCACAGAUCUGAUCGGUGCAUGCAGAUCACCAGUAUAUUUCUUUCUUGUGACCUGACGUUGGCACACCUGCCGCAGAUUCUGAGUCUUCGGAGCAGUGUUAAAGAUUGACAUUAACUAAAUCAGAUGGAGUUGGAUUAUUCAAAUUCAAGCAACGAUGUUGAUGUCA